AUGCUACCGACCAUUGCUAUUUUUGCAAUUUUGCUUUAUCUACUCGUGUUUUGGGUAGUUCUGCCAAUUUGCCGUUAUUUCCACGAUCCGAAAGGUCUUCGCAAGUUUCAAAGUUACUCCACCUUCUCCGGCAUCACAGAUAUUCCCUAUUGCUACUUAAGUGCAUGUGGAUUUCGAUCAAGGGACCUUACGGAAGCUCACAAGGAUUCGGCCAUCCUACGCAUUGGACCCAACAAUUUAUCUUUUGGUGACAUAGCUGCUGUCCGUGAUAUUUAUGGACAUGGAACCACGUGUGUCAAAGAUCUCAAAUAUUCAAUCACUGGCGGGCCUCAUCCAAAUCUCUUCGAUGUGGUCAACAAAGCCGACCACAGCGCAAAGAGGAAGCGACUCUCGGCUGCAUUCGCCAUCAAGAACCUGGUGCAGUGGGAGUACAAAGUCGUGCGUACCACAGAGCGCCUCUUGACUGCUUUUGAUAAGCUUUGUACACAACCAUUGCCGCCAAAUUCUAUUCCAGACCCGUCCGACCUGACUGUGAAUUUCAACCACUGGAUCAAUCUGUUUACAAUCGAGGCCAUCAACUAUAUCGCACUCUCCUCAACUCUUGGUCUCUUGGAGCAGGGAGGCGAUGUUGUGACUGCACAGCGACUGGACGGUACGACGUACCAAGCACACUACCGCACAGCUCAGAAUCAGAAUGCUUUUGCGGCAUCUCAUUUUGUAUGGGACUACACCAAUUUUGAACUGUUCAGUUCUUUCUCCAAGAUUUUUCCCAAAUGGCGAAAGGUCUGGAAAGAUGCUGAGCCUUGGAAAGACGUUAUCUAUCACCAGGCCAUCACUCGCAUGAAUCGAUAUACAGAUGGAGAAGAACUUGAUGACUUCUUUUCCGCAUUGAUGGACGAUAAAGCUGGUCAGCCACACAAUCUGGAAUGGGGCGAGAUUGUUGGCGAGAUCGGUGCCAUAAUCGACGCCGGUGCAGAUACUACCGCCAUCGCCCUCACACAAAUCGUCUACCUGCUCAUUCGCCACCCGGAUCAUCUAGAGACAUUGAGACAGGAAAUUCAAGGUGUCCUUGCCGAAGAUAAAGUUAUUGCUCCCUACGACACUGUCAGACAUCUUCCAUUUCUCCGGGCUUGUAUCGAUGAGGCUAUGAGGAUUAUCCCCCCAACUUCAGCAGGACUCCCGCGCCGAACACCACCAGAAGGGACGAUGAUUCUUGGCAAAUGGAUACCAGGUGACACGAGUGUGUCCAUGACAAUUUAUGGUGCCCACCAUGAUCCAACCGUUUUCCCCAACCCGGAAGAAUUUCAGCCCCAUCGUUGGAUGGACCCCGAAGAGAGAAAAAGAAUGGAGCCCUACUUCAUUCCAUUCUCAACGGGUGGAAGGGGCUGCAUUGGAAGGAACAUCUCUUAUCUUGAACAGACUAUCAUGCUGGCUUCACUGGUGCACAGAUACGAGUUUUCACUCCCAGGGCCAGAGUGGAACUUGACACGGCAUGAGGCUUUUAAUCUUUUGAUGGGAGAAAUGCCUAUCAAGAUUUGGCGAAGAGAGAUACCAGCCAAAAAGUAG